AUGAUCGCGCGUACCCUCCUUCUGACUGCCCUCGCCUCCGCCGCGCUCGCCGCGCCUUCCCCUCACACCGCCGAGCUCAUCGCGCGACAGGCAGGCACCUGCUCGAACGAGUGCGGCAGCCUGACGAGCUUCAUCAACGACCCGUGUGGCGCGGCUGCCCUUGCCGCCGUCCAGAAGUGCAAAGACUGCGCGGCGACCCUCGGGUCCGCGGGCGCGAGCCUGACUAGCACCAUCCAGCAGCUCCAGGAUCUGUGCAAUGAUGACUCGGGGUCGGGUACCGGCGGCGGCGCGGGUGGUGCCGGUGGUAGUGCCGACUCUGGUACUGGCUCUGACGGCUCCGCGUCGGGUGGCGCUGGGACCGGUUCUGGUGCUGGUGCUGGUGCCGGCGCGGGCGCGGGUGCAGGUGCCGGUGCUGGCAGCGGUACCGGCUCGGACGGCACCGCCGGCGGCGCGGGGGCUGGUGCUGGUGCUGAGGCUGGUGCCUCCACCGCCGCCGCCCCGUCGCCCUCUGCUGGCACCGGUACCGGGUCUGGCGCUGGCGCCGGCAGCGGUGCCGGAGCUGGCUCGGGUGCUGGAGCGGGUGCUGGUGGUACCGGCGCCGGCUCUGGUGCUGGUGCUGCUGGCGCGUCCGGUGCCGCCGCCGCCCCCUCGGUCGCGGCCGCUCCCUCCGCCGGCGUCUCGGGCGCUGGUGCCUCUGCCCCCGUCGCGUCGCACUCCACCGCUGCUGUCAGUCCAUCGGCCCUCCCUUCGGUCAAGCCCUCGUCGGCUUCCAAGACUGUCGCUGUCGGCGCUGGCGCCGUCGUGGCCGCUCUCGUUGCGGGUGUCGCGCUCUUCUAAGCGAGCUCUGUCAG